GAACCAAUGGUGCACGAACUCGCACUCCCCGGAAAGCAAGCGAACACGAACACGAACUGUUCGCGUACUACAAUCUUUUUUGACAGCCCUACCCCCAACCUUGUUUCGUCUCUGUGGAUUCUUUCUGCGACAAAUAUGAAGGACAAAUCGAAGGAGACCACUCCCGCCAAGCAGAAGCCCAAAUCCAAAGCACUGGGAAAGAAGCUGACUCGUAAAGCUAAGACGAAGAAGAAACUCACAGGCAAAGACCCCGCUAAGCCCAAGAAGCCCCCGACCGCCUUCUUCUACUUUCUGGAAGAUUUUAGGAAGACUUACCAAAAAGAGAACCCAGAUGUAAAAUCAAUGUGUGAAAUUGGCAAGGCGUGUGGAGAGAAGUGGAAAACUAUGACUUAUGAGGAAAAAGUAGCAUAUUAUGAUAUAGCUACGGAGAAAAGGGCCGAGUUUGAGAAGGCCAUGUCAGAGUACUUGAAGAUGAAGGAGAACAAUGAUUUGUCCGAGGAAUCAUAUGAAUAAGACCGAUUAUGAUUGGUGGAUAUGAACUAAGUGAAACAAGUGCAAGCGCUGGUUUGCUUCGUGGAGGGAAGCGCUAACUUUGCUGCAGAUAAUGUGUGCGAUCAGACCAAUUGUUAUCUGCGACCAAACAAAAUUAUAUUUACUGUAGUGGAAGCAAAAUAAUAGUAAUAAUACAUGCACACACUCUUUUCAGCCAGUCAGCAGAGCAUGAGUUCAAAGGAGAUGGCUGCCCAUGGACCAAUACUUGAUAUCGCACGAUCGGUACUCAAACUCAUGCUUGGGCUGCUCAAAGCUGGGAACGAAUGGCCCCAACAUCUAUAAUCGAAAUAAAAAAAAGGGGUAUUGUUUGAGAUCCAAAAAAGUGUUGUCUGCCAUCUAAAAUAAGGACUUUCAUUGAAAGCCGGCUCCCAUGAAGAUUGUCGGGGUAUGUUUGAGAUCCAAAAAGGUAUGAUCAGGACCAAAGACAUGAUAGAAGAAUAGGCCCUAAUUGGGGGUUGAUUUGAGUCGAGUUGAAGGUAUUCAUUGCGAUCGAGGGAGUUAAUCAACGUCCAACAAAGGUUCCAACAACAAAAAAGUAAAGUAAACUGAUAUAUGCUCAUGCUAUUCACAUCGCAAGGGUCGUCCUCGCCAUCCUUGGACGAGACAGAGUAGAGGCCACCCGAUGAGGAAGCCUAAAAAGAUUUCGCCCAAGCUAGCUAUAAAUAAUAGCCUUAUCC